AUGGGGAUUCACAUUCAGGAAGCAGGCCACAAGAUGAGCAACCUCAACUGGGAGAAGGCUCUAGACGACCUCUCCAAGAUCAAGGACCACUUUACAGCCAACAGCCAAAGUGUAAGCGUAGUUGGGUUCUGCAUGGGAGGAGCCCUCACCUUCGCCGCUUUGUCAAGGCUGCAAGGCUGGAAAGCGGGAGGAGUAUUCUAUGGGAUUCCCGACCUCAACAUCUUCCGCCUGGACAAGAUAACUGCCAACGUUAUUGCCCAUUUCGGUGGUCUGGACCCCCUACAAGGAUUUUCGGAUGCAGAAUCAGCAAAGAGACUAAUGGACGAUUGCAAAAGAAACAACUAUCCGAUCUCAGUAGUGUACAAUGAUCUAAUGAAGGAUUCACGAGGGGGCCAACCACGCUUUCUGCAACCAAGAUUCGAGAUACUUCAACAAGAGUGCAAGAGACGAUGCGUUCAAGCUGACGAAGAUACUGGUGGAGGGAUUGUGAUGAUGAAGGAUAUGGAUUGUUAUUUAAAAAAUGCAGAAGGUGGGGUUUGA